AUGCAAGGCGCUCGCAAGGCUCGUAUACGGGUGAUGAACGGUGGUCGACCGGUGGCUGUGAACACUGAGUCACAAUCACAAUCCCAAUCCCAAUCGAGGCGAAGCGAUCACACGCCUCGUGUACGAACGGUCCCAUAUUUGGUUCUGACGAAGUACUCCAAGGAGUCUAGGUUUAACCUGGACCAAGAUGCGAAGGAGGUCUUGUCUGAGGCUGGGCAUGAAACGGGCACGGUUCUGAGGAAGGUCUUGUCUGAGGAUACCUAUAGAAUGGACCUGGAUGCGAGGAAGGCCUCGUCUGAGUCUAGGCGUGAACCGGACCUGGUUCGGAGGAAGCAUUUGUCUAUGUCCACGCAUGAACAGGACCUGGUUUCGGAGCAGGUCUUGUCUCAGGAACCGGACCUGGUUCUGAAAAAGAUCUCGUCUGAGGAUAAUUAUAAGUUGGACCGGGUUGCGAGGAAGGCCUCGUCUGAGUCUAGGCGUGAACGGAAACUGGUUCGGAGGAAGCAUUUGUCUAUGUCCACGCACGAACAGGACCUGGUUUCGGAGCAGGUCUUGUCUCAGGAACCGGACCUGGUUCUGAAAAAGAUCUCGUCUGAGGAUAAUUAUAAGUUGGACCGGGUUCGGAGGAAGAAGGCCUUGUUUGAGUCUAAGCGUGAACGGAAACUGGUUCGGAAGAAGGCCUUGUCUGAGUCUAGGCGUAAACGGAACCUGGCUCGGUGGAAGCACUCGUCUAAAACUACGCACAGGCCGGACCGGGUUCCGAGGAGGGUCUUGUCUAACGAAUCGGACCUGGUUUCGAGGAGGGUCUUGUCUAACAGACCAGACUCGGUUCCGAGGAUAUACUUGUCUGAGCCUAAGGCGUCAGCUAUCGAUUAUGUGGCCAAAGGGAAUAAAAAAACUCGUUUGAUACGCAAAGCUGGCCCCCCCUUAGGCAAGGGUUCAACAAACAAAGAUGAAGUUUUCCUUGAAGCAUUGACACCCUUGCUGGACGAGUCCAGAGACCUUCCUACGUCAAAAUUGCCAAAUCCCACUAGAGAGAUUGGGGCGUCAACUUCAAGCACCCUCUUAUCUCCUCAGGAUCGCUUGAUUCGACAGUUUGCUUUAGGUAGGAGCCAGAUGUCGAAUCGUCAGAGCAUGAAGUCAUCGAAAACACCGUUCUCGACCAGGACUCCUAAGGCCCCAAACAGGCACUAUGGUACUGCAACUAGUCAGGCUCCCCGGGCUGAUGCCCCGAUCGACCCCACCGUUAUUGGAACGAAUCCAGAUGGGCUCUUCAAACACAACUCUGGAGGCAUCCGAGAGGCGCUCAGAUUGUGGCAGGAGCAACACGACAUUACUUUGGCUGAUACGUCAGGUCGGCCUCCCUCAAGUACGCUUAGCGACACCCAGAACCUAUUCACCCAGUCAGGCGAAGACGAGAGCUUUACCGCCAUUGCCUCGGACGAGAAAAUGGAAGAUGAUGACGACGUAGACUUCGGAUCUGAAGAGCGAAUUCCGGACAUCUUCGCUCAUCAAGUCUUUCUUCGACGAGGUGAUCUAGUCGAACUAGUAACGGCCUCGGAGCCAGUCUUGGCCAUCUUUGUUCGAAACGUGGCCGACCAGUGCCAAUUCUACACUAUUCGAGGUGAAUGGGUCAACCGAGAGUCAGGGGUCGCACGGUGGGGAGUCUCGCGGUUUGUGGAUCCGGAUGAUUUGAAUGAAAUUCUUCCGUAUCUCCCCUCUGAGGAGGUUGCCGAGGAGAAGAUGAAUCGUCUCCAACCCGUUGAUGUCCAUGCUCCCCGAGGUGCUGGAGCUAAGGUCAUAGAGCAGAUGUCGCUCUUCCACCAGACCGCCGACGCUGUGUUCAGAAAGCAUGCCGAUAGAAUCAACCGCCUUUACGAGAUUAUUGCUCCCUCUGAAGCCUUCGCAGAUCGAACAUAUAUGUCGCUCAAAGAUAUUGCCCUGAAGGUCUUGAUGAAACAAGACCCUUCCGAACUUACUCAACCGAUGAUGUGGACCAUUCAUAGAGCUAUAAGCCAAUGUCAGAAUAUUACGUGGGAUUUCUUGAACUACCGUCAGAAUCCGGUAUACGAGAUUUAUCCUCAGCAAGGCUUGAAGUACAUUUCUCAAGUCAGACAGUGGGUUCGUGAGUAUCAAGAAGCGAUAAUCCAAGACACAACCAAUGAAUCGAUGUCCAGCAUUGAUUCCACCUUGAUGGCGACAACGCGUUCGCUCAAUCCAAUUGCAACGUUCGUCAAGAAAGCUCGAGCUGCUAUACAGCAAAGCCGACAGACAAGACCUCUUUCAAAAUCGGGUUUGAUUGGUCCAAGCUCGAUAAGAAUAGACAUCGACAAGGGGUUUGGGGGCAAACCUUAUAUAGAGAAAGAUAUGCAAGAAUUCGACGAUAAUGAGAAAAUCAUAAUUCAUUAUCUUGACGUGUGGGCGACGUCGUCAUACGUCAAUACUUAUACAUACCUGGCAUCUUUGGGUCCCAUGAUCCUUCGUGCCAUAGGAAUGUAUGGAGGUUUUGAGCUGAAUGAAUCCAGGGGGUUCACUCUACUUCAGGAAUUAGGCGUCGUUACGCCGUGGGAGAACAGGACCGUGUACAAUAUCAGAAACCUGAAACUUCCUGGGCACGAUGGUGGCUCCGGAGAGGCAAGCCGAUUAUUGCUCGAUGCUCGUAAAGAGGCCAGGAUGUUUAAGUCGAGGGAUUCCAUGGAGGGCUUGAGAAGGGACUGGGGUGACAUGCCGGUUUUCUGCAUCGACAGUGCGGAGACUCUGGAACGUGACGAUGGAAUUUCUUUGGAGCGUGUUGAUGGUGACCCAUCUGCGCAUUGGGUGCAUGUCCACGUCGCCAACCCAUCUGCUUUCAUCACUCCUGACUCUGCCAUGGCAAAGCACGCUGCGUCGCUUGCAGAAUCGGUCUACUUCCCAGAAAGGAAGUACCCUAUGCUGAACCCGAAGGUGACAUAUGACCAACUCAGUCUUGCAAAUGAUCGGCCUUGCAUCACUUUUAGCGCAAAGUUCUCGGCAGAUGGUGACAUGCUCGAGAAGAAGGUUACACCCGGGAUCGUACGCAACGUCCAUUAUCUUACGCCUCAAAUGGUGGGCCAGGGCCUCGGCUUGGCAGAGACCGACGAAGAGUUGGAGACUGUGUCAAUAUUGACCGUGGGCGGACGCAUGCCUGUUCAGCCUAUCGACGAUUCAAGCCAGACAGCCAAAACGUUGACGGAUCCUGGGCACAUCAACCUACUGCACAAGCUGCUCGAGCUUGGUGAAGCCGCUCGUCACAAGCGAGCCCAGGCUGGAGCCCCGGAAUUCUAUUCAUCAAGCCGCAUAGCACACACGUAUCCGGUAGUCUAUACCUCCAAACACGUAAUGAAGAAAUACUUUAAGAUCAAAGACGAGAAGGUGCGACAAUUCGAAGGCGACCCGAUCAUCACUCUACAAAGGACGACAGAAACCUACGGCCUGGUCGCCAAAAUGGUCUCCGACCUCAUGAUCAUAGCCGGCGACGUCGGCGCCUCCUGGUGCUCCGACCGCAACAUCCCCAUCCCCUACCGAGGCAUCCUCCGCAACCCCGAACCGGCCUCCUCGCCCGAAGUCUUCAAGCGCGAAGUCCUCGACCCCAAAAUCGCCAAAUACGGCCACGCGGAGCAAAGCGACCUCCUCCGCUACAUGCGCCUCGUCGGCCAAGCCCAAGCCUCCGACCGGCCUCUCGAACACCCCACCCUCGGCCUCCCGGCCUACUGCAAAGCCACCUCCCCGCUGCGCCGCUACAUCGACUUGUACGCGCACUGGCAGAUCGAAGCUGCCCUCCGGCACGAAGCCGCCACCGGCACCUCCCUCGUCGGCAGCACUGACGGAUCCUACCUGCCCUUCUCGCGCGCCCAGGUCGAAGAGUACGCGGGCGGCGCGAUCCACCGCGAGAAGAAAAUCAAGCUCGCCAAGACGGCAUCGACCCGCCACUGGAUCUGCCAGGCGCUCUUCCGGGCCUUUUACUUCAACGAAGCGAGUCUGCCCGAGACGUUCGAGGUGACGACGAUUGACGGCCGGGCGCGGCGCGGGCACCAUCCGGGCUGGGCCAGGGUGUGGAACAUCAAGGUGCAGUUGAAGGAUAGUGCCAUCACGCUGAAGGAGGGCGGGUGGAAGGUCGGGGAUGUGUGGGAGGCGAGGCUGAUCGGGGUGGACACUUAUCAUAAGAAGAUUGACAUGGAGCCGGUCAGGUUGAUUGAGAGGGAGGGUGGUGCUUCGAGCAAGAUUUGA